CGCACUUGAUGGGCGGCCGCAGAUGGCGCUUGCUGUGUGUUGACUCGUCGUCUUGCCGAACGCCAGUGAGUCGCGUCUUCCGCACGUGAAGGGGACCUUCUCUGCCUUUUCUUUUGUGCUGUUAAUUAUGCCUUCCAGUUGGGCUCAGUGUCGCCAAGCAUGUUGCGGCACAAGGUGGUACGACACUUAAGCGGCGUGAUGUAAAGCGAUGCUGUGCCCGCCGAGAUGGCUCCGGUGCCGCUGCGUUACUUCUGCUGCGGCUGCGUGGUGACGUCGGCCGCGUGGACCGCGCUCCUCUUCCUCUACUUCUCAUCGACGGCCGAGCCGGGCCUCGGCAGGACCCCCGUCGGGCCGCGUCGCCGGCACGUCGGCGAGGAGCCGGCCCGGCGAGGGGCCGACGACGCGAGGGCCGCCGUCGGGCUCUCGCCGGAAAUGGGUAUGAUCUUCAACGAGGCCGACCAGGAAGUGCGAGACGCUGGCUACCAUCAACACGCCUUCAACGUGCUCAUCUCGCGCCGCAUCGGUCCUCACCGCCAGCUGCCCGACACCAGAGACCAGAGGUGCGGUGACGAGGCCUACCCUGACCGUUUGCCAUCCGCCAGCGUGAUCAUCUGCUUCUUCAACGAGGCCAUCUCCGCUCUCACCAGGACCGUCCACAGCGUGUUGGACCGGACCCCCGCCCGCUUCCUCCACGAGAUCAUCCUGGUGGAUGACCACAGCGAGCUUGUCGAGCUGAAGGAAGGCCUGGACAGAUACGUCCGAGAACAGCUGCCCCGGAACGUGAAGGUAGUCCGGAACCAGAGGAGGGAAGGCCUCAUCCGAGGGCGCAUGAUAGGAGCCGACCACGCCACCGGUGAGGUUCUGGUUUUUCUGGACAGUCACUGCGAGGUAAACCAGGUGUGGUUGCAGCCCCUGUUGGCGGCCAUCCGGGCAGAGCGCCACACGGUGGUCUGUCCCGUCAUCGACAUCAUUUCUGCCGACACGCUGGCCUACUCGCCGUCCCCGGUGGUCCGUGGCGGCUUCAACUGGGGGCUGCACUUCAAGUGGGACCCAGUGCCCGCCGCCCAAGUGGCCGGGCCUCGGGGCGCCAUCGCCCCCAUCAGGUCUCCCACCAUGGCAGGCGGUCUGUUUGCCAUGGACAGGAAGUACUUUGGCGAGCUGGGCCAAUAUGACGCUGGCAUGGACAUCUGGGGCGGCGAGAACCUGGAGAUCUCCUUCAGGAUUUGGAUGUGUGGUGGGCAGCUGCUGAUCAUCCCGUGUUCCCGCGUCGGUCACAUCUUCCGGAAAAGGCGACCUUAUGGCUCCCCGGGCGGCCAUGACACGAUGGCCCGCAAUUCCCUGCGCCUUGCUCACGUCUGGAUGGACGACUACAAGGAGAACUUCCUAUCCUUGCGCCCCGACCUGCGUGAGCGCGGCUUCGGCGACGUUAGCGAGCGUCUGGCACUGAGGAAACGUCUGCAAUGUCGCUCGUUCCACUGGUACCUGGACAAUGUGUACCCCGAAAUCAACAACAAGCUGCAGGCACCACCGUUGCUUAGCAACAAGAAGGCUGCACGACCCCGUGUGCUACGCAGAGGACGGCUGCAGAAUGUGGCCAGCGAACGAUGUUUGGUGGCACAGACACGAGUCAGCCAGAAGGGUGGUGCAGUCGUGCUGAGACCCUGUGACCACAGCGACCCCGAACAGGAGUGGACCUAUGACGACGAAGGUCAGCUGAUCCUGUCUAGCCUGCUGUGUCUGGACGUGUCAGAGGUCAGGACCUCUGAUCCGCCCAGACUCAUGAAGUGUCACGGGUCAGGGGGGUCACAGCAGUGGAGCCUGGGGAAGUCUGCGCGUGUGUACCAGGUGUCUGUUGGUCAGUGCCUGUCCGCCGUGCAGCAGCUGGGAGUCAAAGGUCACGUUACCAUGGCGAUAUGCGACGCCUCGCAGCCGCAACAAUGGCAGAUGGAGGAUGGCGGAGCUUGACAUGGUCAUGUGACAAUCCACUCAUUUUUAAGAUGAUUUUAUAUAUAUUUUUUUAUUUGCUUUAUCUUUCAUAAUAAUGACAUUUGACCCUGGCAUGGAAGGAUUCUUGUAAAUAUAUUAAGUUUAUUCCUCACCCGUGAUUGGCUCAAAUCUGGUGUGAGGUCCUGCAGACCUGACAGGACUAAACACACACACACACACACACACACACACAUGCACACACGCAGAGGUGUCAAUCACGCAAUGUUUUGUCAAAUGAAACACAUCAAUAAAGUUUGUCUGGAUUCUUUGAAUGUGAAUUGAUGUACAACUGAGCAACCAUGUGUGUGUGUUUUUAGUCCUGCGCGUGCAGUAACCAUGACAACAUUCAUUAUACUUACCACAUGAAGACCUGGCGUCUGCUGUCCGGGGUCAUCUCAUCUUCACUUCCCGCUUUGUGUGUGUGUUGAUGUGCCAUUGGCGUGUGUUUCAGACGCCUAUAGUGGAUCAAUUUGCUGUACAUCUGUGUGUGUGGUGGAAAGAGGAAGAUAGAAGUAAAAUAUAUUUUUUAACUUUCUGUCCCAGCCGAUAUUUGUGAAACAUUCUAGAAUAUUUCUGCACUGACUAGCUUAGCACAGUUAUGAUGUCAUUGUGAUGUUAUUGUGCUGCAAAGGAAAAACUAUUGAUUAGAUUCUCUGCUGUCCGACUAAACCAAU